AUGUGUAGUGAGGCUAUAUCGGUGAUGAGGAUGACUCGUCUUGUGUUGUCUGUUGUUCUUUUGGUUUCCUGUGAGUGGUGUGCUUUAGGUUUUCAUAAUUCGAGGUACCUCCGGAUUGUACGGCAUAAAUCACGUUUUAAAGGGACUGAGCAAUGGUUCGUCCAGAGACUGGAUCAUUUCAACGCCGCUGAUGGGAGGGUGUGGAAACAGAGAUUUUAUAUCAAUGAUACAUUUUAUCAGCCUGGGGGUCCCGUCUUUUUGAUGAUCGGUGGAGAAGGAACUGCAAACCCAGCAUGGAUGGACUAUGGUGCCUGGUUGACAUUUGCAGAAAAGUUGGGUGCCCUCUGUAUACUGAUAGAGCAUCGAUUUUAUGGAAAAAGUCAGCCAACAACGGAUUUAAGCAUUUCAAAUCUUCAGUACCUCCGUAGUGAUCAGGCACUUGCAGACCUUGCCCACUUUCGAACUAAGGUGGAUGUGAAAUUGAACCUUACACAAAAUAAGUGGAUUGCUUUUGGAGGUUCUUAUCCUGGAUCUCUUGCAGCAUGGUUUAGACUGAAGUAUCCACAUCUGGUCUAUGCUGCUGUUGCAUCUAGUGCACCAGUCCAGGCUAUCGUCAACUUUUCCGAGUAUUUAGAGGUGGUUAAUUAUUCUUUGGAAAGUGUCAAUACUCCAUGUCCUUUGCUGGUGAAGGAUGCUUCUGACACACUAAUUGAAUUACUGGCAAAUGCUAGCACAUAUAAACAGAUAACUCGAGAUUUCCGCUUAUGUGACAAGCUUAAAAUAAAAUCUGAAAUGGAUUCUGGUUAUUUGUUGGAGACAUUGGCUGGAAAUUUCAUGGAUGUAGUCCAAUAUAAUAAGGACAACAGAGCUUUUGAGGUAAGUUCUACAACAAACAUGGGCUCUUGUGUAUUGUGCACCGUUUUGCCCAACUUGGAGUUAAACCUGAGAUAUCUGGUUUAGUAUUACCACCAGUUUGUGUAUUUACUGACUAAACCACAGGAGAAGUGUAGACAAAUGUACUUUUAUCUAUCUGUACAUUCCAAUUGCAUUUUUUCCAUUCCAGGCAGGCAGUGGGCCUAUCAGUCAUGUACAGAAUUUGGCUAUUAUCAGUCAACUGAAUCAUCACUGCAGCCUUUUACUGGCUUUCCUCUCAGGUACAAACUUCAGCAAUGUGUAGAUUUAUUUGGCCCAGAAUUUAAUGACUCUGUGGUUGCUGAUGCUGUGGAACACACCAAUGAAAACUAUGGAGGUACGAACAUCAAAGGGAGUCGGAUAGUUUUCCCUAAUGGUUCAAUGGAUCCCUGGCACAUACUGGGAAUUACCAAACAGCAAAAAGCUAUUUACAUUCAAGGUACAGCCCAUUGUGCGGACAUGUAUCCGGAAAAACAAACUGAUGUACCAGAACUCACUAAAGCAAGAGAAGAAAUUUUUCAACGACUCAAAACCUGGAUUAACGGAUGAAGUCUUUUAUCUAUGUGAGAAUGAAACUUAUUAAAAGGAUUCAGAACUUCAGGAAUUAGCUGUAUUUUUUUCCUUGAUAGUAUAAAACA